CGAUUUAAUAGACAAAUUGGCUAGAUCGGGCAUUUCCUGAGUUCAACGAUUCUUCGCAGCAAUUCCAAGGAGAGAAAGGUACGGUACGGGAAGACUUCAAUCUAUUAAAUUCAGGAAGUUAAUCAGCGAAAAAUAUGGAAGGAUUCGACCCACGGAAGAAAUUAAGCCACCAUGCCUCCCGAUAGGCUAUGAAAUUCAAUUCAUCGCACCACAUCUUCAGUCGCUGGCUUGAGAUCCAAACCCCGCAGUCAUUCUCGGCGUAUCCCUCGCCACGGGUGUUGUUUUAUUUGUGCUGAAAGAUCACGAGUUAUCGCUUUGGAAACCAUUGUGCUACACUCCAGGAAUUUAUAAAUCGCAACGUUGUCCGAAUGAUUCAUUUGCAGAAAUCAAAGUUUCCAAAAAAAUGCCUGCUCUCUCAUCAAUCAUUUUUGCGGUCCAGGGCUGUUUCAAUUUCCUGAAUGGAGCCGCCCCUCUCUUAUCUUCUACAGUCGCAAGAAAAAAUGCCGAAAUGUUGCUGACGGACUCGAAACAUGCUAUUCAUGUUUUAGCUCUAUCAUGUCUUUCAAUAGGCUCGCUCUACAUCGUCGCUGCAAAGAGAGGAGACAAGCUUGCCAUGUGGCUGUCAGUUGUCGGACGGACGAUUGCUGUUGGAAUUUUUUGGGUUGACGCUGGACCGUGGAGAAAAGUCGCGGUUUUUGAGGGGCUAUGUGCAGGUGUGCUUGCUGGGAGCUUGAUUUGGGAGUCUCGAGAUGGGAAUCACGAGAAAAGGGAUUGAAAUUGAGGGAUUCUGAAUUUGAGACAAUUCAUAUCAAACAUGAGUUCUCUUCAGCCAUGACUAGAGCAUCAAAGUUCACGAUACUCUCUGUUUGCUGCGAUCUGUAUUUUUGUGCAUUCUGCAAUACUAAAGAUCCUGAUCAGGGCCACUGAGUAUAGUAUCGUGAAUUUUGACUUCGAGACUUCUCAUAGAAGCUCCUAUCUCUUUCGUGCUGGGAACAAGCUCUCAGCAGAACCGUUAUCAAAGAAUCACUCAAGCAUGGUGGGCUCGAGGUCUUCCACAAUACCCAAAUGACCGGAACUCGGUGCCAGUGUAGGCAAUAGUAUUUCCCGUAUUUCGUAUACGAGCUAGUUUAGUAGUACAUAUCGAUUUUUUUCGAAAUAUAUACAUACAUAAUAUUGAAUUCAAUACUACUGAAGAUAUUCAAUAUUAUUUAAACU